AUGCAACAAGACCUCAUCUAUAAAACUGCAGAGAUCAAUGAUCCGUUUCUGCCUUUACUGAAAAAAGAGGAGGAGGAAGAGGAGGAAGAGGAGGAGGAGGAGGAGGAGGGAGAGGAGGAGGAGGAGGAGGAGGAGGAAGAGGAGGAGGAGGAUUUAGAAACGUUGUGAUGUGGUCUCUGAGUUCUGGUUCAAACAUCAUCAUCGCUCAGCUGUGGUAAUACUUGAUCCUGAUUGGUCCAAACCCGUCACAGCGUUGAUUACCUCUCAACAGAACCGACACCAGAACAAACCCAAACACAGAAUGGAACCUGACAGCAGACCGUCAGACGGUAAAAACGUCUCCGUGUGGACAUUUUAAAUCAUCUCUGUUCUUCAUUUCCAGCAGGUCUGCACUCGGGUCCUCCUCUAUGACCGGGUCAGAACCACGACCCAGAAGGGACCCAGCAGGAUGGGGGUCUGCCCGGCUCCCUGGAGUCCCUGCUCAUGUUUCCUCCUGUGUGUUUGUCCUUCAGUCGGCUCCUGUCGUGGUCCUGCUGCCUCACUGUGGUGAGAUGUGGAGGUGCGGACCGCUCCAGGACCUUCUGUGGGUCAGCGUUAACACCCUCAUCGCUCAAAGAUGAACUGAUUCCUCUAAACUCAGGCCGCAGGUUGAGGGUUUGA